CUUCAAACAAGCCCCAAAAUUCUACAACUCCCGAAACUGUCCCACCAUUAGCCUCAAACAAACCGACACGUGCUCCGACGAUGCAGUGCACGUGGCCAUGACACUCGACAUCACUUACCUUCGCGGUUCCAUGGCCGCCAUCCUCUCCGUUCUCCAACACUCCUCGUGUCCGGAGAACAUCAUCUUCCAUUUCGUCACCGCCGCCUCCAAAGCCUCCUCCUCCGCCGUCCUCAACCGCACUCUCUCCACCUCCUUUCCUUAUCUCAAAUUCCAAAUCUACCCCUUCGACGACGCCUCCGUCGCCGGCCUCAUCUCCACCUCCAUCCGCUCCGCCUUGGACUGCCCUCUCAACUACGCCCGCAACUACAUGGCCAACCUCCUUCCCUCAUGUGUCCGCAAGAUCGUUUACCUCGACUCAGACCUCGUACUCGUCGACGACAUUGCCAAGCUCGCCGCCACGCCUCUCGGCAACGAUUCCGUCCUCGCCGCGCCGGAAUACUGCAACGCCAACUUCAGCGCAUACUUCACGCCAACGUUCUGGUCGAACCCCUCUCUGUCGCUCACCUUCGCGGCCCGCAGGCCCUGCUACUUCAACACCGGCGUCAUGGUAAUCGACCUGGAACGGUGGCGGGCCGGGGACUACACCACCAAGAUCGAGGAGUGGAUGGAGCUCCAGAAGAGAAUGCGGAUCUAUGAGCUCGGGUCGUUGCCGCCGUUCCUGUUAGUUUUUGCCGGAAACAUAGGCCCGGUGGAUCACGGGUGGAACCAGCACGGGCUCGGCGGCGAUAACUUCCGCGGGCUUUGCAGGGAUUUACACGCGGGCCCAGUGAGCCUGCUGCAUUGGAGUGGGAAGGGUAAGCCGUGGGCCAGGCUCGACGCCAACCGUCCUUGCCCCUUGGAUGCCUUAUGGGCUCCCUAUGAUCUUCUCGAGACACCUUUCGCUCUCGAAGCCUAGCCCGCCUCAUAGU